AGCCCUCCUCUUUCAGCAUCCACACACAACAGUGUGCUGUCUCUGUUCCAGGGGAGAGUAUCGGCUCUGCACAGGGAGGAGAGGAUUAGCCCAGCCACUCAUCUCAUCUGCAUUUGCAGUUUCUAGGGAAGCACAUGAGCAUCCAAGGCUGCACCCCUUUGUAUAAAUCCUGGCACUCCAAUCAUAGAGGCUGCACUUCAUCUGCUGUCACUGCUCUGUGAAGAUUCUGACUAUUUUUUUUUUUCUUAUCUAAAGGUGUUUUUAAUACUUUUUGCCACUAUUAUGCCGUCAAUGUGCUUAUCUAACUGGAAACAUGCAACUCAUAUUGUUUGACAGUUAUUUCCUCUAAAAAUCAAGGAGAUUAUCCUCUUUUCUUUAGGACUUUUUCCACUUUCUUCAUCUUUUUGUCCUGUUUGGGGACUGAAGCCUCAGAAUGCCAUCUCGAGAGUCCUAUGAUGUUCAAAAGAAAGAGAAGCCUCUGGUGCAAAAGGCCAAGAGAGAGGCCAGUCAGGAGGACAUUCUGGCUGCGGCUCUGGGAAUGAGGAUGGGGCCACAGAAACCUUCAGCCACUUUUUGGCAACCACUUAAACUAUUAGCCUACUCACAGUUCACCUCACUGGUGCGCAGAGCCACACUGAAGGAGGUUAACCGGGAGCCCAGGUCUGAGAAAGUCCACAACUUUAAGGUUCACACCUUCCGGGGGCCUCACUGGUGCGAACACUGUGCUAGAUUCAUGUGGGGAGUGAUGGCUCAGGGGGUCAAAUGUGCAGACUGUGGUAUGAAUGUUCACAAAGAGUGCUCGGCUCAGGUACCCGACGACUGCAAGCCCAACCUGAGACACAUCCGCAAGGUUUACAGCUGCGACCUCACAACAUUGGUAAAGGCCUACAACACAGCCCGACCCAUGGUGGUGGACAUGUGCAUACGAGAAAUCGAGUCCAGAGGACUGAGAUCAGAGGGCCUCUACAGGAUAUCUGGGUUCAGUGAUUCAGUGGAAGAAGUCAAGAUGGGAUUUGAUAAAGAUGGAGAGAAGACAGAUAUCUCAGUGAAUGCCUAUGAAGACAUCAAUAUCAUCACAAGUGCACUGAAGCUAUAUCUCAGGGAUUUGCCUGUUCCUGUGAUCUCCUACGACGCUUACCCCAGGUUCAUCGAGGCCACAAAGUUCACAGAUCCUGAAAAGAAGCUUGAGGCUUUCCGGGAGGCUCUCGCUCUGCUGCCACCAUCACACAAGGAAACUCUCAAGUACCUCAUGGCCCAUUUAAAAAGGGUUACACAGAAUGAGAAAUUUAACCUGAUGAGUGCGGAAAACCUCGGUAUUGUCUUCGGCCCCACCCUCAUGCGUGCACCCAACCAGGAUGCCAUGACAGCACUGAACGACGUCCGCUACCAGAGGCAGGUGGUGGAGGUCCUCAUCAAAAACGAAGAUGUGCUCUUUUAAGCUCUAAACAGGACAUUUGAGACAACAUUUUGCAACUUCUCUUUUGUGUAAAGACUUAUUUUGUAUCAUAGUGAUGGGUACUUUUUGAAAUGCCUUGCAUAUGGACUAACAUCUGGGUGCAGAUUAUGCACACUACACCUAUUUCCUGACUCCCCAUUUUUGUCGGGGUUGCUUUAGAAGUUGAUAGACCAGCAUGCAUGGUGCAAGGUCUCUUUUGACUUGUUGUAAUUUAGCAUGUGUUCAGACUGUGAUUUUGCUUUAGUCGUGUAGUAAGUAGUUAUCAUCCAUGUUCCUUUUUACAUACUUUGCAGUUAUUUUUGUGAAACGUUAUACAUCUGGAUGUAUGAAUAAGCUACUAAAUUUUCUUAGGUGAUUUUUUUAUGAUGCUGUAUUUUUUUAUCUCCUUGAUCGUUUGUAAGUGAUCCACAGUUCUUAGUUGAAUCUACUUUUUGUCUGUAAACACUGGUGCAUUUGCCUGAAAGUUAACGGUGUUAUUGUGCUAUAAAAAAAAACUUUUUUGUGAAAUUAAUUUUGUACUGUAAUGUUUUCUAUACAACCUUUGCAUGAUCACUUUAAUUUAUUAAACCACACUUUGACAAACUCCUCCUGAAUUGUUGCCUUAAUAAAG